AUGAACACACAAGCGGCGUGGGAUGCUUUUGUAUCCAAUUUCCUAUUCUUUAUAAGUUAUAAGGGAAUCCGUCCGCACAUAUUUUUGGCGGGCACAACUCAGUUAAUUGAGGUGAAGAAGCUGCAAGCAGCAGAUGGACGGCCCCGCGAGGUGAAGAAUUGUGGAGGUCGGAAAAAAAGGCGCCUUGCCGAUGAAGAGGCAUCGCCGUUGCCGCUGCCUGACCUUACACCCUACACGGAUGUCGUGGCUGACGCCUCGGAGAUCGGGUCGCCGGAACAGCAAGAGGAGGAGGCUGAAGUACCUCCCAUACUGGGAGCUUUGGCGCCACGUCCUGGUUCGGCGCACGGCUUCGAUUCUGUAUGUCAGCGCUUUCUGGAAGAUAGUGACAGCUGGUAUGAAGGGCUUGGUGCGCUGCAACCCGACCAGCGGGAGGAAGUGGUCGGGCUUCGACUGACCACAUUGGUCUUGCGUCUUGAAACUCAAGGGAUCGGCUACCGGACGUACGAGGACACCGUGGACUUUUUGGAUGGGCUGGGCGUAACCUUUCGCCGCCCGAUGGCUCCUCAGAGCGAGACCACUCGCAUGAUCAUCUACGAAAGCCGACGCCUGGCGCCGCACUUCCUCAAGAAUCUGCUGACUAUGGCGGUGUCGAUUGCCAUCAUUCUGCAGCGGACCAUAGCCGACAAGAAAGCCAGGUCGGAGAGGAGUGGACACAAGACAACUGUUCAGCUGCUGGGGAGAGAGAUGCUGGACCCAAGCAUGCUCCUGUUCAUCAGUUUGCGUUACGAUGUUCGCAUUCGGGGCGUGCUGCGAUACGCGCAUGCAGCUCAGAAGCAAGCCAUGUCUGGAUGCGCGAAGCUUGCAAUGGCGGUGGAGACGCUGCAAGUGCUUCGUGCGUGCUCGGCUGCUGCGCAGGGCUUGCUUGGAGCUGCGCGGUCAUGGCAGCUGCUCGCUACGUUCAUGGACGGGUGCACGUGGCCAAGGGAGGAGCAGGCCACGAGGGCCCAACGUCAUGCCUUCAUAGGCACCAUGGCCAUGGAAGCUGCUGGAAAGAAGCUUCCGACGGCGUGCAAUGUUCUUCUGGAGCUGUUAUUCAAACGCCAGAUCCGUGGCUUCAGAGGACUCGGCAUGGGCCUGCAUGAGGAGGACAUCCCAGAGCAUCUAUUGACGGCCAAAGGCUUGCAAUCAGACGACAUCCCAGAACCCCCCGAGGAGGACGAGGAUGUGCUCAGUGAGGCUGAGGCGGUGGAGUCGGAUAUGACGCUGCAACAGUGGCUGGCUCAUCAAAACCAACUGAAGUCAAUCACAGGUGUCACCACAGCAGCCGCGGGGGAGAUUGAAGACAAAACUGUGGAGGAUGCUGGGUCGAGCGAGAGCGAGGCGGAGAAGGAAACCCUUGACCGGGAUGGCGACUCAGAUGAAGACGAAGGGUCCUGCUCAUUUUCUGGCUCCUUGCCUUGGCCCGCAACAUGCAGUGACUUGUCGCAGAUCGCUGCGAAAAUGGGCGAGGAAACAACGCGAUUGUCUUAUGUGUUGCGCAAACGCGUGGACAGUAAUGGACGUCCCUGUGUCGUCGUCAUGGAGACGAACCAUGCGGAAUGUUUACAGCGGCUGGCAGGGGUCCUUGGCCGCUGGUGCUGGGGAUACGAGAAAGCUGCGGUGACAAUUCCAGAUCCGCCAGCACAGCUUUUCCUGGCUCCCAGUCCCACAGAGUUGUGGAACAUGUUUAGCGCCUUGAAGCAGCUGACGUCAGAUGUGCUUCCCUCGUUGCCAGACUGGAACAAAACCUCGCUCUAUUUGAAGGACAUGGUUCUGCAUGCCUGCUUGCUUCAGGUAAAGUUUGAGGUCGUUGCCAGCAGGCAUGCCUGGCAUCCGUUAUACUUGAUGCACGCCGUGCUCAUGUGGAGCAUGAAUUCCUCGGCGGCUUGUGAAGGCGUGGGGUCCACUGUCAGGUUCAUAGAACGCAAACACAAGGUGGGCAAACCUCUGUCUACAGGGCAUCUGGUCCGUGCAGCGCAGCUGCGCCACCAUGGCGUUCGUGGCGGUGUCGCCGACAUCGGAUUCUGCUUCAACGUCUGGCAUGUCUACAAAAGCGAGCACAAGAAAGUACGGUUCUUCAUUGGAGAACGUGCGAGGGAUCGGCGCAGCUCUGAGCCAGGACGCCUCAGCCUGUCAUUGACACUCCAGCGUCGGCGCUCGGAGCGAGCUGAACUGGCAAAGCACCGCCGCUGGCUGGGAAGCCCGGUGACGGUUUUGGGCGGUACAGUCCCGACGACCUUGGAGAUGCAGAAUGGACUGCCACAGCGUCGGUCCUGGCUCGAGAAGCAGCCCUCCUCGGGAAAGCCUGUGUGGGAACUCUUGACAGAGGAGGUGCUGGCCAUGGGACGAGAAAAAUUCGCAAGCACACUGCGAUGGCUCUUCCCCUACAUCAAGGUGGACAUGCUCCAAGGAUUCCGCGCAGAGGCGUACCCGUUGAAACCAUUCUGGUCUGACAUCGGCCUGGUUGCGAAUGACAUCAUCGACCAGGGCUUCAAGCACACCCUGCAUGUGCACCCGAUCCUGGGAGCAGAGGGCGGUGUGCAGAGCGGCAGCGGGAACGUCUUCAGCUACGGUGCAGACGGUGGGCUGAUUAACUCCACCAGGCUGGCGGCCAUCUCUGUCUGCGCAGUGCUGUACACCGUGUUCGCGCUGAACGGCGGCGGGGAAGUGCGAGCAGGAAUUUACGGUGCUGUGGGUGGCUUGAUUCUAGGCUGCGGUGUUCAUCGUUGGGUUGACCUGAAAGCCAUCACUGUCGCUCUGACCAAGCAAGCCGCGAACACCAGGGUGUCGGUGAAGCUGGAUGUCAGUGAGAGUCAUGCGAACGUCCAGCGCCUGGCCCAUGCCAUGAGCCAGACAACGAUGGACCGCCGGAUUCACCGAAACCAGCGACGGCCUCAGCGGCAACCGGAGCCGGAGAGGCCAUUUCACCCACGAUUCGGGUCCUUGGGCAGAGAGUAUUACGGCAUACUCGAAUAUCUCCCAGCAGAUGCCUUGCCUACAGUGCCGCCGAGAGCAACCCAUAUGUAUGACAUUAUCAAGCGCACUGAUGGUGUCUACAUCACCGUAUACCUCAAGAAAAAAAUCUUCGCCGUGCGGCACCCGAAGUUCGAUCCCAUGACCUACGAGGUGAGCAUGCGGCAAGUCGGAGGCACCAACUACUCUUGGUUGCUCGCAAAGAGCGUGUCCCUGGCCUGGGCGAAGCUCUUGAUCGCUGAGCCGAACGUGAUGUUUAAGAGGGUCCAGGAGGUCGCAGAUGGCGUCAUUGACGAGCUCAAAGGACGCAAAUACUCCUGGCAAAAGGCCAUGUGCAGUGUGCUGUGUGUCCUGUGUCGUGUGCUGCGUGCGGCGUGCGCACAGCUCUUCCCUUGCGCAGUUAGCAUGACGCUUUGGGGUUCAGUCGCCAAAGGCUUGGAUCCCGUGACCAUCGCAGAGGGCAUCCUCGGACUGCUUGGGGACGCCAAGACGGCAACUGUGAAGAAGGUGAUCGACAUGCACAACAUGAAGUUCUUCGCCAACAAGGACCUGUGCAUCACCGGCAAGUCUGAAUCCAGAUUGCUGAAUAUCGCUGCCAUGCCAGCAGAAAUCCGGAUGUUGAUUCGCAAGAGGAUCGAUGAAGUGGGUUUCCGCAAGUCCGGAUGGAGCAACAGCGUCUUCGAUUGCCCCGCCUUGUAUGUGGGCAAGACAGUUGGCAAGUUUUCCAACGCCGCCGUGGAAUCCUUGUACUUGGUCUCAGAGGCUUCGCAACGGUCUGCUGUUGAGUGGCUGCAUCAGGAGAAGGAAGAGGAGCAGACACAGGGCGAGGCUUUGCAAAAGCACCUUCGAAGAAUUGUCCUGGGGACGAACAUCGCCGCCAAAGCCCUGCAGCCUGCUGGUGCAACCAAGGCAGAGCUCGAGAAAUGGGAGCAGGAUGUGAUGCAGGGGAAGUACAACAAUGCGUUGGACGGCUUGACUUUCCCUGAGGACUUCAAAAUGCUCGACCUCGCGAAGCAUUUGAAGGGUACCAUUGAUGUGAUGUGUCACAUCAUGGACCGCCUAGAGGACGCGAGGAACACAGAGAAAGAUGAAGCUGCCAAGAUUUUUGCCCAGAAGAAGCGCGAGGUGCAAGCAAAAGCUUACAUUGAGGGUCUGGCCAGCGACGUGGCCGUUUACAAAGACUUCCGUGCAGGGCUGGCGGGCAAGGUGGAAAAGUUCCGGAAUGCAGUGGAGAAGGCCAAAAACGACAGAAACGACGCAGAGAUCGCUGCAGCCCAACAGCUCUACAGGAGCUCUAUGCGCUUGGAGUACGGCGAAAGCCCCAAGAGGACUGAUCCGGCCAAGGAUGCGCAGUUCGCAGCCUCAACCAGGGCGCGAGCUGAUGAAUUCUUCAAGGAGCGCUGCCAGCAUGCACCUGACGAGAUCGUGGAGCUCUGCGUGAUAGACUUUGCCGGAAGCGCGAUGAAGCAAAAGGCAGUGACCCUCGCCCUGUCCUGCGCGUCCCACUGGAGCUCUGUGAAGCUGAUCGGGCACCCCCGGGUGCCCACGAAUCGUGCCAAGAAAGUCAGGACGGGCAGGGCUGACGAUGGUGAUGAGGAGGACCCGGCAGCUGGCGAGGACGAGCCGAUGGAGAAUGAGGAGGAAGAUGAGACCCUCCCGAGUGUCCCAGCCCAGGGAGCGAUCAUGCAGAGCAAGAUGCAGAAGCUGGGCAGUUUGUCGAAAGACAUACGGCAGUUUCGCAAGGAAAUGGAGGCCGAUACCCUCCACUACGAUGCGCCAUUCACAGUGAUGUUCUCGGAGGGUAGCCGAGCGAAGGCUCGGCAAUUCUCUGUCCUCGUGCCCAAGGCAUCGGCCAGCACCGGGGGUGAGAAGUCAGCGUGGGACUGGCUGGAGUCGUCCAUCCUGCUCGAUGGAGGUCUCGUCCUUUCAGAUUCCAGUCCUCAAUCGUAUGUGCGUUGCUCACCGAACGCAGCAAAGAAGGCAAGAACAUCCAACACGGUGGAGCGUGUCUCCAUGAACCAGGCGUCUGAAAUUCAGCGAGCGCAGCUGGGCGCUGUUGCAGUUCGCAAGUUGCUGGAAGCCUUUCUCGCUGACCUUCCCUCGGAAACUGCUUGUGUGCAAUUCAGCUGUUUGCACUUUGGAGCUGGGUGCUGGCCGGAGGGCUUCGCACAGCUUUUGAGGCUGGAAGCUGGCAAGGACAAGCCGAAGAUCCUCAUGUAUGGCAUGGACACCGCGGAGCACUGCUACGCAGUGGCGCAGACACGCUGUGUGGAGGUGUUCUUGAACGCCUUCGCUGCGGAUGCCAGACUGCCUGGAAGUGAGAAACUCCCAGCACGGGUCAGUGUGAAGCCGCCGGAUGUCAACGCCUUGGCAGGAGCACUUCAGGCGCAGAUGAAAUCAUGCAUGGUGUUGCGUGAUGGGAGCCUGCUCGUGCAGCAGCCGCCUGAAGACCUGUCCGACAUCGAGGAGUUGAAGCUGGCCUGGGGCGAUGCUAGAGCGUUGGCGGAGCAGCUGGGCGUCCCGUCGCUCGAGGCACACACUGGUGAGUCUGGUGAAGUCGUGUCGUUGCAGAAGCAGGCUACGCAGUUUGUGCCGGACAAGGAAGACUUGGAGGAGGACGCCGCUCAAGCUGCUUGGACACCAAAAGAGUUCUACGAGGUGUUUAUCGAGGUGCAGGAAGGGGAGCGAGUGGAGAAGAUCCCAGAGCUUCAGCUGGUCCUGGCCAAGCGGAUCCACGAGGAGGAGGACGAGGAUUCGAGUUGCAUGGACAGCGACGAGGGUGAGAGUCACAAGAACCCGAAUGAGUGCCUGUAUCUUUUUCUGCGAAACACUUCCCAGAGCGACAUCACCGCUGAGAGUAUCUUGGUGGACCUGGGAGCAAGCUGCUUGACGCAGAUCUGUGGUUGUGGAAAGAGUACUUUUGCGGUGGAGGGUGCAGCGGGCCCAGCCGAAGGACGAUGUCUGGAAUGGGGCUUCUCAGCCAGAUCAGCUACACAGUGCAUCAUUGCCUUCGAAGCGCCUUCAAGCUCGUUGGGUGCCGGCGGGCUGAAGGCGACAAGUGUGACAGAGGCUCUGAAAUGCUCCGGUGUGCGUUUUGGUGAAUCUGCUUCCCCAGACUUGUUCGUCUGGAACUUCCGGAGCACUGUUGGGCCCAAUGGUGUGCAACUUAAACGCCUUGCCCCAGCAUACUCGCGAGUCAGCGAGGAUGCUGCCACCUUGACGCGCUACAACGCAGGUCGCUAUGUGAUCCCGUCCAUAGAGGAAGGUGGCAAGCCGGCAUCACCGUCCGACAAGCUCUUGGCAGAUGGACUUCAGCUGCUGCCUGUGAUGGUCGUGAGCCCCAAGGGCGUUGAGCAGGCUAUGGGGUCUAAGGAGGACCUUCCUGAGAAGCCAACCCAUGUUUUGAGUCCUGCAAACGGCGAUGUUUCCUGGCGAAUCUUCACGUCUGCACGCUUGACUGUGCCAGCAGGCCAUUUCAUGGCUGUGUCGAACGUUGAUGUCAUGGCGCCAGAAGAGCAAGAUCCAGUUGAAGACUAA